UGUCUCUUUCUGCUCGUUAUAUUUUGCAUGCUCUGAUCCUCAUCACAUUGGAUCAAACAAUAAAUCACGUAAAUUCUGUGAAUCAUCAUCAUCAUCAUCAUCAUCAUCAUCGUCGUCGUCGUCAUGUAGCUCCACAUCAGGAGGCUGGGCACCGUGUCAUGUGAGUUGACAGUAAAAGCAGCGAUGGAGAAAAGCUAAGGAAGGUAUCUGCCCUGGCAGUGGCUUCCUUUCUACCCAGAGUGCUUGUGGAAUGGCAGCAGUUUGGCAGCAGGUUUUGGCAGUGGACGCAAGGUACAAUGCUUACCGCACGCCUACGUUCCCACAGUUCCGAACUCAGUACAUCCGCCGACGCAGCCAGCUGCUCAGAGAGAACGCCAAGUGUGGCUUUGAGCCGGGGCUGCGCAGACAGUACCUGAAGCUGCGCAGUCAGUUGCUGGCCCUGCGCUACGGGCCCCUGUCUGAGCAGAGCAGCUUCAGGGCCAGCAGUGUGCGCAGCUCCCGCACCACACUGGACCGCAUGGAGGACUUCGAGGAGGACCCCCGCACCCAAGGGGCUCGUGGUCACCGCCGCUCUGUCAGCAGAGGCUCCUACCAGCUACAGGCCCAGAUGAACAGAGCCGUUUAUGACGAGAGGCCUCCAGGCAGUUUGGUGCCCACCUCAGUGGCAGAGGCCAGUCGUGCCAUGGCAGGGGACACAACUUUGAGUGAAAAUUAUGCUUUUGCUGGCAUGCACCACAUAUUUGACCAACAUGUAGACUCUGCUGUCCCACGGUUGCAGUUUGCCAAUGAUGACAAGCACCUACUUGCUUGCUGCUCCCUGGAUGGCACCCUGUCCAUCAUGACGUUGUCCCCCUCUCCUCCCAGUGUUAAGGUGACACUGAAAGGUCACGGAGGUCCUGUCACAGACUUUGCUUGGUCUCUGAGCAAUGACAUCAUUGUGUCGACAUCACUAGAUGGGACUCUGCGUAUCUGGAACACGGGAGAUGGCCGGUGCAUCCGAGAAGUAAGAGACCCAGAAUCCAGCGAGUUGCUGUGCUGCACCUUCCAGCCGAUGAAUAACAACCUUACUGUGGUGGGAAACAGCAAGCACCACCUGCAGGUGGUGAACAUCUCCACUGGGAAGAAGGUGAAGGGGGGCUCCAGUAAGCUGACAGGCCGCGUGCUGUCUCUUUCCUUUGAUGCUCCAGGGAGGAUCCUUUGGGCUGGUGAUGACAGGGGGAGCAUCUUUUCCUUCCUCUUUGACAUGGCCACAGGGAAGCUGACCAAAGCCAAGCGUCUGGUGGUGAGUGAAGGCAGCUCCAUCUGCAGCAUCUCUGCCAGGUCCUGGAUUAGCCGAGAGGCCAGAGACCCCUCCCUGCUGAUCAACGCCUGUGUCAAUAAGCUGCUGCUGUACAGGGUGGUGGACAAUGAUGGUACUCUACAGCUAAAGAGGAGCUUCCCUAUCCAGCAUGGUUCCCAGCACGUUCAUAGCAUCUUCUGCCCCCUCAUGUCUUUCAGACAGGGGGCCUGUGUGGUGACUGGCAGCGAGGAUGCCUGUGUCUACUUCUUCGACGUUGAACGCAAUACCAAGGCAAUAGUGAACAAGUUACAGGGUCACGGGGGACCAGUGCUGGAUGUCAGCUUCAACUGUGACGAGAGUUUACUGGCAUCCGCCGAUUCCACCGGCAUGGUCAUCAUCUGGAGGCGGGAGCAAAAGUGACUGAUCCACAAACGCUUCCAUCCGCUCCUUAACCGUCCAAUAACAAGUCUGUAGAUUUUCACUGGAAUGUAAAAGGCCUCGUUAAACGUUUUAAUUUAAUGAUAACUCAAGUGCAAGUGCAAUCAGAUAGGUGUGUGUGUGUGUGUGUGUGUGUGUGUGUGUGUGUGUGUGUGUGUGUGUGUGUGUGUGUGUGUGUGUGUGUGUGUGUGUGUGUGUGUGUGUGUGUGUGUGUGUGUGUGUGUGUGUGUGUGUGUGUUCUACAGUUGCAUCUGAGAAAUUGCUUUUUAACACAGAAAAAAAGAACACUACACCCAUGCAUGUGUCAUGGCUUACCUCUGAAUUGAAACGUAAUCUUGCAGAGAAAACAGGUCCAACUCUUUGUAUCACACUGAUAGUCCCUGUGGCAUAGAUCUAGUUCACUAUUUAUGUAACUGUUAACUCAAGCAGUAGUCAAAGUGUAGUAAUACCGUCUUAUUAGCUUUCAAUUCUGCAAUUGCCUGUUUGAAUUUAAGACCAUGUGCAUAACAUUGAACUGUGUGUGUGUCUGUGUGUGUGUUUCAUAUUCAUAUAAUUUAUUUAAUGCACAUACAGAAUAAACUACUGUAACUGUCA